AUGACUCCCAUGUGCUCCAGUUGCACUCCAGACAACAGCUGCCAUCGUCCAUACCUCACCCAUGCUCUGCUCCAGCUUUCCAUCAAUAAGAUCAUAUUAGCAAAUUCAUCAUAUAUACAGAUGAAGGCGAUUGCGUCGGCGGUGAUGAUGGACUUCCAAGUGUUGCCCGUCGACGGAGGUGCGAGUCCAGAGAGGAUGAUGAACCCACCUUACGUGUUGUCGCUGCUUCUCAGGAUGAGAGGUGGGUUGCCCGUCAUGAUCAAGAGAAGAGGAUGA